AUGCCUCUUCUACAACCCCCAUCUCCCGAUCUGAGACACGGAGAGCUCACAUACACUCAUGCCUACAACUCAAUAGUCUCUCGGGUCCGUCGUAGCGGAGGGUCGGGGUCUGGCGGGGUGGUCAUCUUCGUAGGAGUGGACGUGGUGGGUCCAUAUGUUGAUUUCUGCUCCGUAUCUACCGCUUACUUUCACCAGGACGGUCUGUUAGCAGCUCGCAUACUUGCAUCUCUUUUCAAGCAAGAUGAUGUUCCAUAUCGACUCGUGCCAGUAGGAGGUUAUUCCGAGUUGGAACAAAGACGAGACGAAGCUUUCGCUUCAGAAGAGCUACAUACGCUUAUAUUGCUGUCUCUUGGCUCACUUCUUCCCUUAUCGUCCUACUUUCCACUGCCCAACGGCUGUCAUCUACAUAUCAUCGACUCGCAUCGUCCGUGGAACUUGCAAAAUCUAUUCGGUCUCGACGCCGACUUUGGUGAUGACGGCGAGACUGGAGAACAGAGAGUAUGGGUGUGGGGAGAUGGAAGCGAGGUAGAGCUGGGUAACGUGAAGAAGAGCUGGGAGGCAUUGGAGUAUGAACCGUCUGAUUCAGAUUCGGACAGUGAUAACUCAGAUGAAACAGAAGUCGACGAUGAAGGUAGUCAAGCCGAGAGUUCUGCGACUGGGGCGAAACGUACGCGAGCUGGAUCUACAGGAGGACGAAAGAGACGGAAGGGGGAUGGUGAGAAGGUAAGCGGGAGAUUACCUAGAGCUGUCCGUCAAGCACAUUACGAACGAGUACAACGGUACUACGAAUCUGGUACUCAUUGGGGUAUGUCAGUAGCUCAAACUAUUUAUCUCCUUGCCACUGUAUUAGAACGAGCGGACAAUGAUCUGUUAUGGCUUGCCAUUCUGGGUAUCACUUUUCAAUAUACUUCGGCGCGGAUAGAUCGAGAAAAAUACGACCUCUAUCAUGGGAUAUUCAUGGACGAAGUGGCCCGAUUGAACCACGAAGCGUUUGGCGGAUUGAGAAGAGAACCGAAUCCAGAUGAUCGGAGUAUAACGAGGAGUGAUGAAUUGAGAUUCAUGCUAUUCCGUCAUUGGAAUCUGUAUGAUGCGAUGUUACAUUCUGGUUAUGUGGCUGGAAGGAUGGGAAUAUGGAAAGAGAAAGGCAGGAAACGAUUACAGGGAUUGUUGGCUAAGAUGGGAUUUUCACUUCAACAGUGUCAACAAACUUGGACACACAUGGAUAGAGAUUUGAAAAGACAACUACCUGAUAAAUUGGACGCUAUCGCACCGGAAUAUGGUUUGGUAGAACUUUCCUACGCAUCGUUCACUCGUGCAUAUGGAUUUCAAUUAUCAUCUCUUUCCGCUGCAGAUGCAGUAGAGGGAUUAUGUGCUUUGUUGGAAGCUGCCAGAGGGGUCAGGAUGGAAGUUGAAAAAGAAGGCGGGAAAGGUGGAGGUGAAUGGUUUGGUGGAACCAGAAUGUGGAACGUAGGCGGUGGAUCUGUUUCUCGUGAUAAUGGACGUGGGUUGCAAGACAAAGAAAAUAUCGAUCCUAGGGAUAAUGGUGUUUCUAACGUCGGAGAAGAAGGGGAGUCACAGGAAGGAAAGAAAGAACAAGUUUGGCAUGUUGCGAAUUUCUGGAUCGCCUAUGAUGCGUGUGAAGAUAUAAACCUUCUACGUAAAUCCCUCCCACUCGCAAUGUCCCUACAUAAAGCAAUCAUCAGACAAGGUUCUUCCCUUCUUGAUAAAUCCACCAUCAGAGCCCUCCGAACAUUCCGUUUCGCAGCAAUGAAAGAAGGUCCAGAUUUACGUCUUUUUUGUCAUCCUUCCACUUUAUCCAGAUUAGCACUAUGGUUAGUGGAUGCUACUCGUGAUCGAUGGUCGGAAAAAGAUUCUAAAAAGGGACAAGUAGUCAAGAGUUUACCAUUUGUCGUGGCAUGUUUGAAUGAGGAAAAAGGAACUUUUUUGGUUGUGGGUGUAACGGGUAGUCCGGAAUAUGGUGAUGUGAGGAAAAAUAAAUUCGGUUUGGCAUUUCAACAAGCAGCAGAAGAAAGUGGAGCAGGGGCGAAACAUGAUAUGUUUGAUACUUCUGUGGUUGAAGUUCGUUCGGAAGAUUUACAAAAUUUCAUAGAGAGUUUACAUCUGAGAAGUGUAUGA